AAACAGACAAAAUACAAAAUACAAAAACAACAAACACUCUUGAGCAAAAACUUUGUGUGCGUGUGUGUGUGUGUUCAUGGCUGGUCUUAGGAAUUCCGGUAACAGCGACAAAGCGCAAAACGAUGGCAAAGGUGUACCAUCUGCCUACAGAGGAGUCCGGAAGAGAAAAUGGGGGAAAUGGGUGUCUGAAAUCCGUGAACCGGGGACCAAGAACCGUAUCUGGCUAGGCAGUUUCGAGACUCCUGAAAUGGCUGCAACCGCAUACGACGUGGCAGCAUUUCAUUUCAGAGGGAGAGAAGCUCGUCUCAACUUCCCUGAGCUCGCCAGCAGCCUUCCACGUCCUGCAGACUCUAGCUCAGACAGCAUUCGCAUGGCAGUUCAUGAGGCAACACUCUGCCGCACCACCGAAGGAACAGAGUCAGCCAUGCAAGUGGACAGCUCAAGCUCCUCCAAUGUAGCUCCAACAAUGGUCAGACUCUCGCCCAGGGAAAUUCAAGCGAUCAACGAGUCAACUUUGGGAUCUCCUACUACAAUGAUGCAUUCAACAUACGACCCUAUGGAGUUUGCUAAUGAUGUGGAGAUGAAUGCUUGGGAAACAUACCAGAGUGACUUUCUUUGGGACCCUUAACCCCAAAACCUAACUCAUGGAGAGCUUCUACAGCUCAAUCUUACAAUACCAGCAUAAGUUACUGGCUUAGAAUACUUAAAUUUAUUGAAGUUUAGUUUUCAGAGUCUACCACAAGGGUUGUUGAUUCUGACGUUAUAGCAAAGAAUAAAGCUCAUCAGAUUUUGGAGGGAAAGACUCUAUGAGCUUGAUGGGUCCCUGAAAGGACCUCUUCACAAAUAUUUUUAAAUUUUUUUGUUACUAGUAGAAACAUAGAUUAUGAGGUGUGACUUAUUAUUAUUUUUUACAAUUGUUUGUUACCUCAUUGAUGUAUUUGAUUUGAUAUAAUAUUGAAUGGUUUCCUGAAAGCUAUAAGAUAUUUUAUUCUUACUAGACUUGUGUUCUCUCUUGACUUUCUUCCCUUAACUAAUCUUAAGAAAA